CGCAAAACGCCGCGGCGCCGUAAAGCGAACCCGGAAGUCGCGCCUGGGUUCUGACAGGGCUCCAUGGUGACGGGCGGGGGUCCUCGUCCUGGGCCUGCGAGGGAUGGUCGCCGGGGCAGCCGACCGGGGGGUUGUGGCUGGGGCCGCCGCGGCGCCAUGGGGCCUUGCGGGGCCGGAUCCCGUGUCCGCCUCGUCUUCUUCCUGGUGCUGGGAGUGGCGCUGGUGAGGCCGGGCUGGGCCCUGCAGGAUGUCACCGCCCAGCUGUUCGGGGACCAGGCCCGCGGGACGGUGGCCGCCUUCGGGGACUUCAACUCCGACAAGCAGACGGACAUCUUCGUGCUGAGGGGAGGCAGUGAAUUAAUUAUCUUCUUGGCAGACCAGAAAGAACCCUAUUUUAAACCCAAAGUCAGUCUCAAAUUGAAGAGCGUGAUAACCAGCGUGGUGCCUGGUGAUUAUAAUGGUGAUUCACAAAUGGAUGUCCUCCUGACAACUCGUCCACAGAAUCAAACCAGCGCUGCCCUAUCAGUAUUUAUUUACUGGGGGAAUAAUCAAAACUUGGAUGCCAAUCGUAACUUUGCAUUAGAGAAGACUUUUGAUGAUGAGCCACUAAUCAUGGAUUUCAAUGGUGAUUUAGUUCCUGAUGUUUUUGGAGUACCGAGUGACUCUUUAGUACCAGAAAUACUAAUGGGCAGGAGCUUAAAAUGGCAGAAAUUACUGGAUACGCCGAGCAAAAUGUACGAACCUCACUCUCAUGCGUUCAUCGAUUUGAAUAAUGAUUUCACUGCAGAUUUGUUUCUUACAACAGAAUCCUCGGGCACAAUUCAGUUCGAAACGUGGGUGAAUCAGGAGGGAAAUUUUUCCAGACCUAAAAAACCCAACCAGAAACCCACAGACGUGAAGGUUGUCGGACAAUCAGUGUUUUCAGAUUUUGACGGUGACGGACAGACUGAACAUUUGCUCCCUGCCUGCGAUGACGAAGCCUGCCACAAGAGUGUCAUCUACGUAUCAAAGCCGCAGUCGGGCCAAUGGUUUCCAGUGUUGCAGGACUUCACAAACAGAGGCACCUUGUGGGGCUUUGUUCUGUCCAGUCCAACUUCGGCGACAUUUUCAGUCCCUAUCACCCUUCACAUCGGAGAUUAUAACAUGGAUGGCUACCCAGAUGCACUUGCCAUAUUGAAAAACACUUCUGGAAGCAACCAGCAAGCUUUCUUAUUGGAGAACGUCCCGUGCAACAACGCAAGCUGCAGGGGCAUCGGCCGCAUGUUUAAGGUCCACUGGGAUCUCUCGGAUCUAAAUCAAAUCGAAGGCGCGGUGGUGGCAACCUUCUUUGACAUUUAUGAAGACGGCAUCUUGGAUAUAAUUGUCCUCAGCAACAGCUCUAAGACAGACCUCGCCAUCCACACUUUAAAGAAUAACUUUGAAGCGGAUGCCUAUUUUGUUAAAGUCAUUGUUCUCAGUGGUCUCUGCUCCAAUGAUUGUCCUCGUAAGACAACGCCCUUUGGUGUGAAUCAACCUGGACCUUAUAUUAUGUACACAACAGCAGAUGCAAAUGGAUACCUGAAAAAGGGUUCAGCUGGACAACUGAGUCAGUCAGCACACUUUGCUCUCCAGCUGCCAUACAACAAGCCUUUUGGUUAAGUGGCGACCUUAGCGCUUAAUUUCCUCCCUCAUCACCUGUACGUCGGGUGGCAUCCCUCGGCCUCCAGGCUGAAAGUCUAUAAGAAGGCAGGAGUGGACCGCCAUCAUCCCAAAUUCCCAGCUUAUAGUCAUUCCAUAUCCUCAGGACACACCUCGAAGCUGGAGCGCCAAACUGUACCUGACCCCAAGUAACAUUGUGUUGCUCACAGCCAUUGCCCUGAUUGGGGUUUGUGUGUUCAUCCUGGCGAUAAUUGGCAUAUUGCACUGGCAGGAGAAGAAAGCAGAUGACCGAGAGAAAAGGCAAGAAGCCCACCGGUUCCACUUCGACGCCAUGUGACAUGCCUUAAUAGCUUGUUGGAGAAAUUGCUGCUGUAUCUAAAAAUACUACAUUCUAGCCUGUGGUGGCAGAAACAGGGGAGGGUUUUGUGGCGGUACUAUUUGUAAAUGUUGCAUUGUUUUUAAUUUAUUUGGGAAGAAAUCACACCUGUCUCACAUGGCCUUCCAUUGAUUUUGCUGUAUAUAUUGUCACACCAUCAAUUCCUUUUUCAGUCAUGGACUCCAUCGUAUGCAUUCCACGGUUUACACACCCUCAUUUUCUUCUGAGCAUUUCAUGAAAGGGGAAGUUGUGUGUAAAUUAAAAGUUUCAGUGAGCCAAGUUCCCUUCAGUGCCGCUUGAAUUGGUCUUGCUGCUUGCGUGGUGCCAAAAUGGGAACUACAUUUUUGUAAUCCACUCUCCAGCAGCUUGUCAGAUGAAGCAAGACACCUCUUAUUGUUCCGAAUGUACUCCGGGGUGUUUGAUUUGAAGCACUCUUGACUGCUUUAUCUUUCUGUUAAUCUUUGAGGCCAAUCAAGUGAGAGAAAAACUUUUACAUUGGAAGAGUCAAGCAUCCUACAAUAGCUAACUAAAAAAAACACACACACACAACCCACUCAUCACUAUUGUUAUGAUUAAUGAAUUAAUAUUUGAGAUGUCAGUAUGCAAUUCGAUUUAUAUUGCAAAUUAUGCCUUCCUAAAAUGGAAGGACGUCGCAUGGCUCUUUCAUUGUGGCAUUUAUCACGCUGUUCUAGUAGAGCUUAAUCAUGAAAAGAGUUGAUCACCAAGACUAAGAGAGGUUCUUGAAGAACAGGACAGAAUCUUCUUAGGACAGAUGCAUAUUGUAUGAUCUUCCAAGUUCACAUGAUUACGGGCCAGACGAUACUAUAUUAAUUUUAAUAUAAUCUUAUCUGAGGCCUCACUGCAGUACCAAACUGAAUAAGUUAAGUGUCGAUCCUACCGUAUGAGCAAAAAGAAUCCCACCUAAGUUCAAGAUGUUAAUUGUUUGCCUGAUACCAUUUUGGCCAAGGCUCUUUUAUUACAUGAAUUACGUUGUAAAUACUUGAUGUAAUGUGGAUGUCCCUUUAUUGUAGACCCUCUAAUUCAAGAUCUAUGUCUUUUUUUGCAAACUGUUAACCUGUGUUCCUUAAUAAAUGGAGCCUACUAAGUUA